UAAACAAGCACCCCUUUUUUUCAAGUCUCUCCCAUACGUCGAAAACGGCCGCGACGGACUCCGACACGCUUGCGUUCGUACGGCGCUCGCCGAGUUGGUGGGUGAUGGGGUGGUCUUGCUUCGAAUCGUUCGGUGGGUGUUUCAAGCGAUGGAAGAGAGAAGGCGUCGGAGGGAGAGAAGAAGAAGAGGAGGAUAAGGACGAUUGGAAUUUCUUCAUGGACCUCGCGACCUUGGAAAUCGCCACCGAUAACUUCUCCGAGGAGAACCGGCUCGGGCAUGGCGGGUUCGGACCCGUUUUUAAGGGGACAAUGCCGAGUGGACAGGAAAUAGCGGUGAAGAAACUAUCGGUGACUUCACGGCAGGGAUCAAGGGAAUUCAAGAAUGAGGUGGAGCUGUUACGUAGAAUCCAGCACAGGAACUUAGUCACAUUGCUGGGAUGCUGCUUUGAAGGGAGGGAGAAGGCUUUAGUCUAUGAGUACUUGCCUAACAAGAGCCUCGACAACAUCCUCUUUGAUAAAAGCAAAAGUGCAUCUUUGGAUUGGUCGAAGCGCUUCCAAAUCAUUGUAGGUGUGGCAAAGGGUCUUCUCUACCUACAUGAAGAAUCACCAGUGAAGAUCAUCCAUAGAGAUAUCAAAGCUAGCAACAUCUUGCUAGAUGACCAGCUCAAUCCAAAGAUCUCAGACUUUGGCUUGGCAAGGCUCUUCCCUGAUGAAAACACCCAUCUCCAUACAUACAAGAUCUCUGGCACCUAUGGUUAUAUGGCUCCUGAGUAUGCACUGCAUGGCUACUUGUCCGUGAAAACCGACGUUUUCAGCUUUGGAGUGGUGGUGUUAGAAAUUGUGAGUGGGAGAAAGAAUCAUGAUCGGCGAUUAGAUGAAGAAAGCGCCGAUCUUUUGAGCUAUACAUGGAAGCUAUCAGAAGAAGGCAGGGCAUUGGAAGUGGUGGACCCCAUUCUUCCAACAUUGCACCGCGAUCAGGCAGCUAUGUGCAUUCAACUAGGCUUGCUCUGCUGUCAAGCCAGUGUAGCCGAUAGACCCGACAUGCAAUCUGUUCAUCUGAUGCUGUUGAGCGAUUCGUUCGAAAUGAAGAAGCCUGGGAAGCCAGGGAUUCAAGGACGGAGAGGACGUUGGAGUAGCACAGCUUCAGCUAGUCCCUCAGCCUCAGGUACCAAUGUUAGUAGUAGUGUUAAUCCUUCAAGUACUAAUACAGGUGCUACAAAAAUUUCUACAAUGAGUAGUGUAGCAGAAAUGAGUAGUGUAGCAGAAGAUUAUUCUAGAAAUUCAAUCUCAGUUUCUUUUGUAGAUGAGGGAAGGUGACAAGAACACUAUAUUCUUUCUGUAAAGCUUGUUAUAGGCCCUGCAUUUUUGUGAUGAUUCUAAAUCAUGGUUUGACUCAUACAA